GUCAAUGCAGUCACCAUCGAUGGGAUCACUCCUCUGUUUAAUGCCUGCUGCAGUGGCAGCGUGGCCUGUGUCAACAUGCUGCUCGAAUUCGGAGCCAAGCCGCAGCUCAGGAACCACCUUGCUUCGCCCAUUCAUGAAGCUGUCAAGAGAGGUCACAGGGAGUGCAUGGAGAUCCUCCUGGCCCAUGAGGUUGACAUUGACCAAGAAGACCUGCAGCAUGGGACCCCACUUUAUGUGGCUUGCACAUACCAGAGGACAGACUGUGUCAAGAAGCUUUUGGAGCUAGGGGCCAAUGUUAAUGUGGGGAAGCGAUUAGACACCCCCCUCCAUGCGGCAGCAAGGAAAUCCAACGUGGAGAUAGUUGUCUUGCUGACAGACUAUGGUGCUAACCCAAAAUGCAGAAAUGCUGAACUCAAGUGUGCCCUGGAUCUUGCAGUACCCAACAGCAAAGUAGAACAGGUGCUUCUGCUACUGGAAGGUCCUGCCAGCCUUGCCCAGCUGUGCCGGUUGUGUAUCAGAAAGCGUCUGGGCCGGUCGUGCCUAUAUACAGUCCACAAGCUGCACCUGCCUGAGCCACUUGAGAACUUUCUCCUUUAUCGAUAA